AGCCUUGCGUGCUCCACGAAGUCAUCGGUUUUACAGUUUAGUUCGCAAUCGCCACCCGUGCCAUCGAGUAGCCCGUCAAACGAUGGCCAACUUCAGUCCGCACCAGCUGUCGAAUCCCCGGGCCAAUGUCUUCAUCCUGGUAAAUCUCGGUUGCGAGAUGCUCUACGUGAUCGAUCAGCGGCUGAAGGCGCAGCAGAUUGCUCAGGACAAGUCGGUUCAGGUUAUCCACGAUGUGACUUCUGUGCUGCUGGAACCAAAGUUUAUAGACUCGCUCCUAAACGGAUCGAAACACAACAGUGCGCAGCUUUUGACCGCCGAGCACUGCAAGUUUAUGCUGAACGACAUUGCCACCUGCUCCUUGAUGCGACUCGACGAGCAGUCUAUGUCCAAGCUGUGGAAUCUGAUGACCAUGGUCUACAAGUGGCAGCUGUUCGUUUCCCGCCAUCAGCACCACCUGCUGGAGAUUACUUUUCGGCACUUGGACGCGAUCAACAGGUUGUAUCCGGAUGCCAAACGGCACAUGCUGAUUGACUUCACGAAGAACACGCUGCUGGACUUUUGGAAUGCCAGCGGUGAGGAUGCGCAGCUGUCCAUUUACCAGACGAAUCGGGCCUGGCUGCAGUGCUUUAACACAAAGAUAUCGCUUCUGAUUCGGAUGGGCUUUCAGGCCAUGGACGGUAGUUUCAUCAGGGACGUGGAUCAGGAUUACUACGCGGAAUACGUUGAGUCAGCCGGCGAUAAUAUCUAUGCGAAGAGUGCCGAGCAGCGGGAGCGCCAACAGCGAGAGCCCAACAGCAUGGAUCAACUGGCAGCUCAGCUGAACAUAAAUCCGCCGCAAAGCGAGGAUCUGCAGCCCAUCAACGCCCGCCAGUUCCAGCAGCAGUUCGAGCAGGCUUUCGGCAAUGUGCUCUUCAAUGACACAGCGGCCAGCUCCUCUGGCUGCGAGUUUGUCCAGCUGCAGCCUACUACAUCGGCAUCAUCCUCGGAAAAGGUAGCGACGACCAUGUCGCGGGGAGGAUCCUUGCUGAACCAGAACCUGCUGGACUUGUACAGCAAAAUGCCUUGAAGCCAAAGUCACUUCUUUUUGAAAAUAUUUAUUUCUGCUUCAGUUGGUUUAUGUAAAAUAAUUAUAAAAACGACGAAGGUUGCAUAGUUA